AUGUUGACAGUGGGAUCCUCCCUGCCUAAGCAGCUGUUCCUCCUCCUGGCGUUGGCAGACACGCGGCAGCUGCAGCUCCUGCACUUCUGGCUCUUGCUGGGCAUCUACCUGGCUGCCCUCCUGGGCAACGGCCUCAUCAGCACAGCCGUAGCCUGCGACCACCGCCUGCACACCCCCAUGUACUUCUUCCUCCUCAACCUCGCGCUCCUCGACCUGGGCUGCAUCUCCACCACUCUCCCCAAAGCCAUGGCCAAUGCCCUCUGGGACACCAGGGCCAUCUCCUAUGCAGGAUGUGUUGCACAGGUCUUCUUUUUAUUAUUCUUACUUUCUGCAGAGACUUUCCUUCUCACCAUCAUGUCCUAUGACCGCUACGUUGCCAUCUGCAAGCCCCUGCACUACGGGACCUUGAUGAACAGCAGAGCUUUGGCAUCCAGAGGUAUCCAGUGGCAGUGCGGUAGCAGGCAGGAACAGGCCAUGUGCACCCAUGUGUCAGAGUUUGUCUCCCUGCUACCUCCACCAUAA